UAAUAUCUGUCUUCAAAAAACAUUACAGGAUCAACAAUCAUCUGAUGAGGAAGAUAGAAGUGGUAGUCAUAAUACUGAAGAAGAAGAAGAGGAACAUCAACAAAAACAAUUUAAGACUGAUCAGACUCCUGAAGAUGAGGGAAAGAGCAGUAAACCUUUUGAGAAUGAAGAAAAUCAGAUGGCUGUAGAAACAAUAGAGGAUCAAAAAACAUCUGAUGAGGAAGAGACUUGUGCUAGCAGUGAGGAUGAGAAUAAAAAAGACUGCGAUGAAAACAAAGAUAGUGAAAAAGAAGAGGAGAAAGAACAAGAUGCAACAGAAUAUUAUGAUGAUCAUGCACUUGACGAGGAGCAAGGCAGUAUAUUAUGUGAAAAUGAGGAAAAGAAUGUUACAAAUAUGGAAACAAUGGAGAAAGAUAACCCUAUUCCAGAUAAUGACCCAGAUAAACAAGCAUGUGAGAAUGCUGAGAUUCAUACAAAGAAUAAUUCUUCACAAGCAAUUGUAGACAAUCAAGACAGAACAUCUGGAAGACUACUAGAUAAGGCAAAAAGGUUUUCUUUUUUUAAACGAAGGUCUAUGAAGCAGAAAAAUGCACAUAGCUGUGAUGAAAGCGAAAAGCUACCUCAAGGUGAACAGGAUACAGGAAAUCAAGCCAGUGUAUCUGCUGAAAAGAGUAAAGAUGAAAACCAGAACCAUACUGGGAAGAAUCAAAGGGGAUCACCAUCAACAUACCAGAACAGAAAGUCAUCCUCUACAUGUAUAAUUCUUUAGUAAUGAAUGUAUAGGGCUUGUAAAUACGUGAUGUCUUGCAAGCAGAUACUGCAAUUUAUACAUGGAAACAAUAAUGGCAUCUAUGUAAUGAUUACAGUAUUUUUUUUUGUAAAAUUUAGCAUUUUGGGACUGAUCUACAUUAAUUUGGACCAACCUUCCAAUAUUUAUUUGUAUUCAUAAUUUUAGCUACUGCAACAAAAUGGGUAACACAGUCUUAUUGAUGUGUUGUGGCCCUAACUUUCAGUGAUUUUAAUAAAAUAUAUUUUUGUACAUCAGAAGUUA